AUGCACGCCCUGUUCCUGGCUGUCCUGGCCCUCACGGGGCUCCAAGCUGCCGCCUUUCCCUCGGCGCUCCUGGGGGGGGAGGUGGACGCCGAGAAGACGAAGCGAUUCACCCAGGCCGUGGCCAACAUGGAGCCUCGCCAGGUCCCUGGUGGCAACGCCCCGGGUCGGUUCAACGCCCAGCAGCAGCUCGUCUCGACGACCGGCACCCACAGGUUUAUUGCGCCUCGGCCAGGCGACCAGCGAGGACCCUGUCCCGGACUCAACGCCAUGGCCAACCACAACUACAUACCGAGAAACGGAGUCGCCACAGCUGGGCAGUUCAUCAAGGGGUGUAUGGACGUCUAUGGCAUGGGCCUCGACUUGGCCACGUUCCUGGCCGAGAUCGGAGCCGUUGUCAGCGGAGACUUGGUCGGACUCCUAGGAAGGCCGCGGGGCAUCUCCUUUUCGCACAACAAGUACGAGGCCGACUGCUCCCCAACAAGAGGUGACUAUUUUCAGUACGGCGGCAAUGCCUACAAACUGCAGCUUUCGCAGUUCCAAGAGCUGUACGAUGAGCCCCUUGGCGCAAAUGGAUACGACGUCCCUGCCAUGGCCAGGUUCCACGUGAAGCGCUUCCGGCAAUCCAAGGAGAACAACCCAUACUUCCUGCACUCAAGCGGCGCCCUCAUCGUCAGUUCAGCCACCUUCAGCUUCAUCUACCGCUUCAUGGGCAAUAAGUCGGCAGAUUAUCCCCAGGGCUAUCUCAACCAAGACGUACUCAAGUCUUUCUUUGCAAUCACAGGCGAGCCAGGCAACUUCCAGUACACUCAAGGCCACGAGCGCAUCCCGGACAACUGGUACAAGCGCGCCGUCGGCGACGAGUACAACUUGGUAUACUUCGCCAAGGACCUUUCCGAUGUCCUGGUCGCCCACCCAGAGCUGAUUGCUCUCGGGGGCAACCUGGGACAAGUCAACACCUUUGCCGGCGUCGACAUUGGCAACUUGACAGGAGGCGUUUACAACGCCCAGAACCUGGCACAGGGCAACAAUGCUGCCUGCUUGGGUUUUCAGUUGAUUCAGCUACUUACGCCCGACAUAGUCAAGGGGCUUUACUCUCUCCUUAGUCAACCGCUCGCGCGGCUCAACGAUGCCCUGGGGAAUGCCCUCUAUCCUUUGAACUGCCCUCAACUUCAGGAGAUUGACACGGAUCGACUGAACCAGUUCCCAGGGGCAAGUUUGCGUUCCUGA